AUGAAAUCAAAGACUGCCAAGGGCAAAAAGUCGUUGGCCUCUAGCUCUCGUCCAUCACCUUCCAAGUCGGCUCAAAGCAAAUCUGGAUCUGGUAAAUCAACCACCAUCAAUUCCGUGCCCACCAUGAUGAAGUACCCUAAAUUUAAAGACGCAGUCGAAAAUUUAGAUAACUUGAUCAAUCUGAUUCCCUGUAAGUUCGUUCUUAGCGACGAAGACGAAAAGCAGAUGACCAUUCACUCAAGUGGUCUCGAUGCUUCAGCCGAUGGCAAUGAACGCAUGGAGAACUACAAGUCGAGCACCAUAGAUCCGCGCUCCUAUCUUUUCAAGCACGGCAACACUGAAAUUCGAUUGAUUGACACUCCAGGCAUCGUCGACACUGAAGGCAUGGAUGAGGACAAAAAGAACUUGGACAAAGUUCUGAGAUACUUGCCCAUGAUCGAGGAGGUUCAGGGCAUCAUCAUUCUGAUAAAUACCAUGGAUAAUAAACUUGAUGUCACUUUCAAGUACUGCAUCACUGAGCUGCUGACUCAAUUGCACCGUGAUGCAUGCAAGAACAUCGUCUUUUGCUUCACUUUCAGUCGCAAUUCUCACUAUAAACCAGGAGACGCUUUCUACAUGUUGAAACAGUUUCUCUCUGACGAGCUUAAGGUUAAUUUAAAGCUAAAGUCUAAGGUCAAUUGCUUCUUUAUUGACAAUGAAGCGUACCGUUUCUUGUUGGCUAAGAAGUGCAACUACUCCUUUCCACCAGAGGAAGUCAGUGACUACAAAAACAGCUGGAAGAGAUCUGUCGAGCAGACCAACCUGAUGCUCAACGUUAUUGCCGGCUUGGAUGCGCAUGAUCUGGACAAAACUAUUUCUCUAAACAACAGUCGCGAUUUUAUCUACCAAAUGGCGGAGCCCAUCGUCGAUCUGAAUGCACUGCUGGAGGCUAACAUUGCCCACAUUGAAAAUCAGGAGCGCGAGCUGCAGGAUGUUACCAAGAAUAAGCUCGAGUUGGCUCGCAAUCUUAACAUUGUCGUUGAUGACAUUGAUACGGAAAAUUUGCCUUAUCCGACUACUGUCUGUAUUUCCGAAAAGUGUAUGGAUUAUGUCGUUGACGAGAAGGGCCAGAAAUUGGAGCACUUCAAAACGCGGUGCCAUGAAAACUGUCAACUGAAAGUGGACACCAAUGUAACUGGUCAUCAUCUUCUGGCGAACUGUUGGGCAAUGGACAACACCGGAAAUUGCGCCCAGUGUGAGUGUCCAUUUCAAAUGCAUCGACACAUCACUUUUGUGACCAAAAUUGUCAAAAAGACCGUCAUCAACCAAAAUCAACAGCUGAAGGUUGACAGUGAGAAGGACGCAAUCGAAGCCAUCAAAAAGACGAUUAAGCAGACGAAGCAAAUCAAAAAUGAAAUGGAAGAAGAGAUUGAGAUUAUUCAGAAAAUCAGCGCCAAGUUUGCCUACAUUCUGCUUGAGCAUUCAAACACGCCGUACAAUAAGUUUCUCGAGCCUUAUCUUCAGUUUCUGAUUCGGGAAGAAAGAAAGAAGAUUGGUGGCAAGAAGGGAUACUCUACGGCUAAGCUCGAAACUCUGGAAAAGAUGCUCAAGUCGCACCAAGCGCAGGUAUCGAUUCUUGUCGAAGCCAUCAAGUCAAAAUCCAGAGAGGACGUGGACAUUAAGGAGACUAGAGUUUUUCAGCGACAGCUUUUCAGCUUGAAACAUUCUGGACCAACCUUUCAGAAGUUAUUCAAAGACAAAGAUUUUGAAAAAAUCACCGCCGAGAGUUGGCCAUAUUUGGAUAUUUCAGUUGACAUCUAG